GCCUCGGAUGGGGCAUGUCCGCGGCCGCGGUCCGGCUCAGCCUCUGCAGUGGUCCAGGAGGCUCCAUCUGUUCUAAUGCCCAUCGGGCGGCGGAAGGGGCACGCCCGCCCCCUUGCCGCCCUCCUCUCUGGUCCGCUGGUCGGUCCGUCUUCACCCGAAGUCCCGCUUCAGGGAUGGCUCUGCAAGCUUGGCCCCUCCUGAGGGGCUGCUGGGAGGGCAGAGACGGCGUCGCAGGGAUGGGACUCCUGGGAGAGAAAAGGCCAAGACUUAACCAGAACACAGUGGCAAGAAAAAUCAGAUGCAAGUUUUCCAACCCAGAGAAGCUUCACUGGCCUGAGCGAGAACUUGCUAAGAAGUCCAUUCUAAGUGCUGAAGAGGCAUUGAUCUUUGACGGCAAAAGAAGCUUUUCACAGUUACCACCCUCUGGAGUUCUAAAGGACACUUUCACAACUGGAACCAGUAGUUACAAUGUCCUGCUACAGAGCAAGGAAGAAAAAAAGCACCAUUCACAAAAGCAGUUUACCUCUACCACCUCCAAAAGAUGUAGAAAACCCAGCAAAUCUCCUAGUGCCUCUCAUAGUAAAGAUCCUCACAGGGUGACAGCCAUGGUGCCUGUGACAAGCAGUGGUACUUGGUACUGCCUGGAUAGGCAGUCUGCUGUUUUUGUCACUAGUUCAGUGUCAAGUCCUGUAAAGUUUACACAUGAUAUCUCUGUUACAGGAAACAGCAUAGUACUGCCACCUAAACCGAAAAGCAAGGUCAAACGACACCUCUUCACCCCCCUUCCAAAGCCAAAGCAGCAGCCCCAGCUGUGCAGAAGCUUUGAAAAAGGAGAUGACCUUUCUGGAAAGAAAUUUUGUAUAUUGACUGCUAUAAAGCCAACCAACUUGGAGAAAGAAAAACUGAGGUUCUUCAAGUCUGACUACACUUACAAUCCUCAGUUUGAGUAUGCCAACCCUGCUCUGCCUAGUGUGUUAGCCAAGUACAGCACUGCCUCCGACCGAUUUCUUAAGCAGUCCAUCAAUAUUAUGGAACUGACUUUACAGAAAUAUGGAAGUUAUGAAAAUUUUGAACAAGCCACUGGUGGUAGCUUGUUAUCUAAAACUCGAAUCUGGAGUCACGUCAGAAAGUACAUGGUGAAGGAAGGCUGCCUGGGAGAGAUUGUAGUUCAUCUCACUGAGGACCUGCUUUCCCGGGCAUCAAUGACUGUAGUAAAUGGGUGCCCAACUCUAACGAUCAAUGUUUCCACUGCACGUGAGCAUUGGCUGGAGGGAAUGCUUCGACAUGAAAUCGGCACACAUUAUUUUCGGGGCAUUAACAACCUUCAACAACCUUGGAAUAGUUGGAUUGGCCGCAAAAAACAUGAGCUAAAGCCAAACAAUCCUACCGAGGAAGGAUUAGCAAGCAUUCAUAGUGUCCUCUUCAGAAAAGACCCUUUUUUAUGGAGGGCUGCCCUCCUCUACUACACGGUCUACCAAGCCAGCCAAAUGGCUUUUUGUGAACUCUUCAAUGAUAUUGGCAAGUUUGUUAAGGACCCUAAUACAAGAUGGGAUUAUUGUGUACGAGCCAAGAGGGGAUGGACUGAUACUUCCCAGCCAGGGUGUUUCAGUAAAGACCAGGUGUACUUGGAUGGAAUCCUUCAAAUCCUCCGCUACAGACAAUCAAUAGACUUUCAUCUACUGACUGCCCUGGGCAAGGUUUCUUAUGAAGAUGUGGAUCGCUUAAAAGAAUUGGCUGUUACUGAGAACAUGAGAGUGCCUCACUUCCUACAGGAUCACGACCGCUAUAUGGAACACUUAGAGAAGAUCAUGGAGGUGAAUGAGCUGACUGACACGGAGCUAAAGAACCUCAUCUAAUGCUUAGGGCUCAGCUGUUCCUCCAUGUAGAUUACAGGGUGGGUGUACCUAGCACCUGCAGAUGUAGGAAAGAAGAAUAACUGUUGCUUGAAUUUUCUGAAGAAUGCUCUUCAGUAUUCAGCUGAAUCUUUAGGUUAUGUGUAAGCCUGAAAUUAUUUCCCUAAGAUGUUUCCAUAGGUGGCAGGUGGAGGCCACACCCAUUUUCACCUGAAUCUCAGUGGAGACAAAUGAAGAUUCUGCUGAGGAAGGACUCCAGGUUGAAUUGCAAACUUCCUGAGCACCGAGGCCAGCUCCGGACUGGAGAUGACCAAAUUUCCAGCUGUGUUGUACAAACUCUGAGGUUCUCUUUCAGUUGUUCAUCUUUGAAAUAUUCAUUUUGUAACACUCCAAAAAGUUGUUAAUA